AUGUUAUUAAAAACAUUCAUUUCAAUUCUUGAUGCCCAUGAUGCAAACAUCACUUCAUUACUCCCCAUUCAAGAUAUGGUGAAGUUCUUCUGUGUUGCCGCCAAUGUGUCUUCCAGUGUCCAUCAAUUGGUAUUUGGAGGUCUAUGGGAGGCUGCUUUCAAAAUAUCAAAAGAUUGUUACAUCAUUGCUCAACACCAGGUCAAUUUUCAUGGUAUAAUGACUGAACUCAGUGAUGGUUGCCUACCCAUCCACGUUGUUGAUCAAUUGCUAUUUACACCAGUUGAACACUGCCCAAAGUGCUUGAGGACUAUGCAGCCAAGAUUGCUGUUUGGAUACCUAUAUGAUAUUGAUGGAUGUCAUACCAUUGAACAAUUUCAUCUUGAAAGGUUGGCCAGUAGGUGUUUGAUACAAUCAGAGACCAGCUGGUAA